AUGGAGGGAUUUCACCCGCUUAUGAGUCCGUCAUCGCCGUUUGCUUACACUUUCAAUCUCAGUUCUGGUUCUGGUCCAGUUUCGUCUUCUUCAUCAAGCACGUACACCACUCAAUGGAUGGACUUUAGAAUAUGGAGUAAGCUUCCACAGAGAUUGCUUGACAGAGUCUUGGCCUUCCUUCCACCACCUGCUUUCUUCCGAGCACGUUGUGUCUGCAAGAGAUUCUAUGGCCUCUUGUUCUCCAACACUUUCCUUCAACUUCACCUCCAAAUCUCACAACCCCACCAUUGGUUCAUAUUCUUCAGCCACAACAAAAACCUCAAGAGCAGCUAUAUCUACACUAAGAACCCUAGUACCAGUGGUGGUGGAAGUAGAAGCAGUAGUGGCAUUGCUACUACGACCACACACUGUUGUGAAGCGUACCUGUUCGAUCCGUAUGAAAUCGCUUGGUACCGCAUUCUCUUUCCUCUUGUACCUUCUGGUUUCUCUCCUUCGUCUUCUUCUUCGGGCUUAGUCUGCUUUGUAUCAGACGAGGCUGGUCCCAAGACUCUUAUUCUCUCCAAUCCAAUACUUGGUACAGUAACUCAAUUACCUCCCACAAUAAGGUCAAGACUCUUUCCUUCCAUUGGCCUAGCCAUUUCCCAUUCCUCCAUAGAUCUCACUGUUGCAGGUGACGACAUGAUUUCCCCUUAUGCUGUGAAAAACCUAACAUCUGAAAGCUUCCAUAUUGACUCGAGCGGGUUUUAUUCCAUCUGGGGAACCACAUCAUCUCUUCCUAGACUGUGUAGUCUGGAAUCUGGCAAGAUGGUUCACGCUGGAGGGAGAUUCUACUGCAUGAAUUACAGCCCUUUUAGUGUUUUAUGCCACGAUAUUUCCUCAAAUACUUGGUCCAAAAUCCAGGCCCCAAUGAGGAGGUUUCUGAGGUCUCCGAGUUUGAUUGAAAGCAAAGGAAAGUUACUGUUAGUGGCAGCAGUUGAGAAGAGCAAGCUUAACAUUCCUAGGAGCUUAAGGGUAUGGGUUCUUCAGGCUUGUGGGACGACAUGGGUGGAGACAGAGAGGAUGCCUCAGCAACUUUAUGUGCAGUUCGCAGAAAUGGAAGGAGGCAAUGGGUUUGACUGUGUAGGGCAUGGUGAGUUCAUUGUGAUAAUGAUCAGAGGAACAGAUAAGGUUUUGCUGUUUGAUAUCUGCAGGAAGAGAUGGCAAUGGAUUCCUCCAUGUCCUUUCGUAGCUUCAAGCAGUGGAGCUUCUGCUCUGCAUGGCUUUGCUUAUGAGCCUAGACUUGCCGCCCCGGUCACUGGCCUACUGGAUCAAUUAGCACUUCCGUUUUAG